AAAGAUAACGCUCUCGAUAGUAAGAAGUCGAUAUCUAGAUUGGUCCUAUAUUCUACAAAAGUUUGCCGAAGGUAAUAAUUAAAAAUGAAUAUAGAGGAUGAAAAAUUUGAUGGAUUGCUGCUAGCAAUUGCCGAAAAGCAUACGGAUGGAAUUCCUCAGUUUUUAGAUACAAUAGCGAGCUUCUUGCGAAGGAAAACUGAUUUCUUUACGGGGACUUCUAAAGAAAAAUGGGAAGGAUUGCUAUUGGGUGUUUUCAAUAAGCAAUAUGAAAAGGCAAUUACUCAAAACUCGGGGAACGUGAACCAAUCUGUGACGAAACAGGAUAAUAAGAAGGCCCAAAAUAUUGCUGUACAGGAAACCAGAUUUGAGGAAAUCGUUCCUAAAGAAGAGGUUUCAAAACCAAUAAAUGAUGUAGAAGACGACUCUGAGAAAGACGAAAUUGGCAAACUCAAACCAAAUUCGGGAAAUGGCUGCACUUUGGAUAACUAUUCAUGGACCCAAACUCUGCAAGAAGUCGAGGUUAAAAUUCCUCUGAAGACUUCGACAGCUUUGAGAGCAAGAGAUAUUGAUGUUACAAUAGGAAAAUCCUCGAUCAAAGUUGGUUUAAAAAACCAGGAACCUGUAAUUAACGGCAAACUUUGUGCAGAAGUGAAACAAGACGAUUCGGUUUGGGUGCUGCAGGAUAGCAACACUGUUCUCAUUACGCUAGAAAAGAUUAAUAAAAUGAAUUGGUGGGACCGUUUAGUUGCAACAGAUCAACCUAUAUCAACACGUAAAAUUAAUCCAGAACCUUCAAAGCUUUCUGAUUUGGAUGGCGAAACACGAAGUUUGGUUGAGAAAAUGAUGUACGAUCAACGUCAAAAAGAAAUGGGAUUGCCAACCAGCGAAGACAAAAGAAAAAUGGAAAUAAUGGAGAAGUUUAAAAUGCAGCAUCCGGAAAUGGAUUUCUCGAAUUGCAAAUUUAACUGAUGCUAUUUUUUUAAGAGUUUUGUAUUAGUUUUGUACAUAUCUCCAUGCCUAUACUUUUGAAUAAAAAACUGUGGCAAAGUUA